CCAAAAUAAUAAAUACUUUUUUCACCCACUAGUUUACACUAGUUUGGAAAAAAAAAACUCCAAAAUUUUGGAACCCUAGCUUCUUCUCUCUCUCGACAAUGAAGCUCGUCAGGUUUCUGAUGAAGUUGAACAACGAAACGGUCUCCAUUGAGCUCAAGAACGGGACAGUUGUACAUGGAACUAUCACUGGUGUUGAUAUUAGCAUGAACACACACUUGAAGACGGUGAAGUUGACAAUGAAAGGCAAAAAUCCCUUAACCCUUGAUCAUCUGAGUGUGAGAGGCAAUAACAUUCGUUACUAUAUACUUCCUGACAGCUUAAAUUUGGAGACUUUGCUAGUUGAGGAAACACCUAGAGUCAAACCCAAGAAGCCAACUGCAGGGCGGGCUGUAGGACGUGGGAGGGGACGAGGACGGGGCCGUGGACGUGGACGUGGGCGAUAGUCGUGUCACUAUCUUUUUGUUAUAUGUAAGUGUUGACCUAAUGUUAAAGGUGUAAUCGUGGUUUUUAUGACUGUAUCAACAACAGAUACACUGCAAGUAGGACCAAGUUACUGCUGAACAGAUUCGGGCAAGAUCUACCACUAGUUGAAUGAUUAUGGGUUUUCUACUGCAUUUUAGAUCUUUUUGACCUUCAUUGUACUAAACUCUUGCUAGAGUGUAUAUGCCUUUAGCCUCUCGAUGAAAAGCCAAACUUGAUGGGUUUACUGUUAUUGUUA